CCCUCGACAUAUCUCACAAUGGCUGGCGGCGGCUCCGAUCCCAACGCGCGACACAAGGCCACAUGGCACAUUGGCUCAUGGGGUAACCCCUACGAGGGUGGCGGCCGACCCGGCAAGGGCGUUAUCACCUACACUCUCAGCCCCAACCGACAGCGACCCAUGGCCAAUUUCCUCGCGAAGGGCUUCUGGAACGUCAUCCGCCGAUCGAGGAACCAGGUCCUCUUCUUCGUCCCACCCUUUAUUGUCGCAUAUGGAACCAUGCAGUGGGCUAUUGAGAGGAACGAGUACCUGAACUCGAAGCACGGCCGCGCCGAGUUCGCUGACGAGGAGGAGUAAAUAUGUGAAGAGAUGGUGCCGAUGAUGGUGUGAUGAAUGGCGGCUUGUACACUUAGUAGAGCUGGACGUUGGGUCCUUCGCACGACAACUUUCUUCCUCGAGCCGAUGAUUAGAUUGUACAAUCAACAACCGCUUUUGGCAUAACCUCCCA